UCAAGAGUCGUGGUCGUCGUGCACGCUAGAGGCGACGGUAUGGAAAUUAAUUCAACCAAAUUGGCAAAAAGCAAAACCAAAACACAAUGAAAUAAGGAUUGCGGCAGCACCAGUGUUGAAAGCAACGACGAGAGCACCCCGAGGCAGCACUCGUCAAGGUCGCAAGGCAGGAAGUUUUUCGACGAGCACGCGACCGAAAAUGGCGGUGGUGCCCGAUCAUCGUGGCGGUAUUCGCCUAAGGAGUGGAAGCACAAUACGACGACCUACCGCCUCCCUAGUAGCUGGUGGAGCACCCAACAAGGGAAGAUUAUUCGCCUUGGCAAUCGUGGUCUGCUGUCUUGGCUGCACCUCCAUGAUGUCUCCUGUAUUCGGACUCGAACUCGAAUCACAAGCGACUUCCUCCACCGCGCCUACGGUUUCAGACGCUCAAGACCUGGCGUUCGCACUGAAGGCGACCAUAUGAUAAGGAAAAGGUGCCCCGCUGCCAGACCAACGGGAAAACUUACGCUAUAAUUCUGCAACUGGAUCGAGAAUUUGUAUUGCAAUUGCUGGCAUUAUAUGCCAAAUGGAGAUCAUUGUUUCCAUAUCCAUUUUGAAGUAAACCGUGCGAUGCAGAUGCUUCCAAGUUCACGGUCUAAGGUAGGAGCACUUUUUCUUAUCCAGCUUGAUAAACCACCCUGGAUACCUACAUCGCGGCGCUGGUGUCGCACCCGAACUUGUCCAAAAUCGCUGUGUACGAACCUGUGCUGAUAAGCAAGGCGAAGGCCCUAGGCGCCAGUGUGGAGGCGUUAUCACCCGCUCAGGUGUUACAAUCUCAAACGUUACAACAGAAUAUUGACAUCUGUGAUGCAAGAGUGCAUGAUCUAGACAACUCUCAUAGGAUUGCGCAUGACAUGUUCCGGAGCCCCAAACCCCACUACAAUCUGACGAAACUACUUGUAUUGCAGAACGUCGAACGCUCUGUGAGUCUGUCAUGCUCAUCAUGCAAGACUAAUCUCAGACUCUGUUGUAACGUUUGAGAAUGUAACACCUGAGAGGGUUAUAGGCGUACCAGCGGUUUUUGAAAUUGAUGACCACGGUGGGGUGGGACAGCAGCAAAAUUAUUACACGGAAAAAAGCUGGCAGGGCAUAUUUGUAAUGCAAAAAUAAACAGGCAAAAAGAAAAAAUCUGCAUUGCAUAUCCGAAGCAGCAUGCUAUGGGGCCACCCAUGACAAAGCUUUUCUGUGUAUUUGUUUUUGCAUUACAAAAAUGCCCUGCCCGCUUUUUUCUCUGGGAUAAAGAUUCCGGACUACGCAGACAAGGAGGACGACAUUGUGGCGCAACUAAAACAGCUCCACAUCGCAGCUGGCAAAAAGAACGGGACCGGCAACCACACUAUCGUACGAGAAAAGUGUUUCACUGUAAGGAUUUUGCAAGUUCUGCAUCUUCACAGAUUUGUUCUACAUGAAAAUAAAGAAUCUGCCGUGCGUCCGUGCUAGAAACUACAAAUCCACGGUUUUUAUCUUGCAUGUGUAAGUAGCAAGAGAAACAUUUCUGUUCCGCACGCGCUGCAUCACAAGCUUGCAGCGAGGCAAGUCUUUCUUGCGAUACACGCGGGCGAGGAGAUAAUGGUCCACGCGUCCGAUAUAUCCAUUGCAAAUAUGAUGUCUGGGUGUCGUGGUCGAUCUGUGAUGCGCGAUUUGAACGGCAGCUGCAAGGUCUGUAUGCUUGCAUGAAUAGCAGGAGUGGAUAAUCGAGUUUUAUUGCCGUGCUGGAAUCUCGAAGGCAGUUUGCCAUGCUAUUUACCCAUGAACUCGCAUGAAGCUGCAGACCAGAGGCAAGCUCCUCAUGCUAUUAUCCCGUACAAGCGGCCAGUCUGCAAUGGGAGUAUCAGCAACACAAAUUUUCAGACCCAGACAAAUUAUUGCAUUGGAUAGACUUUGAAUCGGUACUACACCUACCGGUUGAACCAGGAGUUGCUGAAGCUGAAAACGUAUCCUGUGCAAAAGUAUCGUACUCGUUCUCGUACUAAUCGCCGUCUUGCAUGACAGAUCCAGCAAGUAAGGUAAACCAGCAUGAUUACAAAUUGCAUUUUUUCUCUUGAAAAAUUUUGUCAUGCAUGCAUACUAGUACGAUGCUUUUGCAUUGCAUAAAACGAACGAACCGACGACCGCGGCGGCACUGUUGACGAACAUCAGCCACUUCAAGUCAGCUACAGGGGCGAGUAUUUUGUGGAACGACGAGUACAACUGGCAGGUGAGUACACAGCCAGUCUUGGAGCACGUGUACGACGAAAACACGACGACCUACAGCGAUUUAAUCGCCCACUUUCCCCUGUACUCGUUCGACGCGAGUAACUCCGACACGGCCCAGGGCAGCACGGUCAGCAUCGACGGGGUAGCCUCCGUGUUGACGGCGAGCGGCUCUGCUACUCGGGACGCAAACGGAACUGAUGAAUCCACUUCGCAGUUGAGCGCGGUUCACGCGCAGGGUUCGCCGUAUCGGCGGAACGACAUCGAAAAUAUUUUGGGCAACAAAGUGCCACCGGGGUUGCAAAGGAACAGCCUGUUUGGCACGGACGUAAACGCCAUCGAGUGUAAAAGUGUCUGGGUCUGGGAGAUUCUGAGACUUGUCAUGCACGUUUUGCAUGAGCCAGGAUGUCUGUGAUGCAUGUCGUAGCUUCGCAGAUGUUUCGAGGGCUUCUUGAUGCCUAUUCCGCAUGACAAAUGCCUUCUCAGCGUAGCAAAAAUUGCAUUCCCUUUGGUACUCAUGCAAUACAGAUUUUUUUUGGAAUCCAAAUGCAGCAUCACAAGUUCGCAUCCUUCCAGACCUAGACACUUUUGCAUUUGAUAAACGCGAUGGACUUGUUCAGCCCCACGACGUUUUCCACCGCGUAUCCUGCGUAAAAACGUACCCACACCAGAGUUGUAAUGCAAAUCUGUAUGCUUAAAAAAAAAUGUUUCUCAUGCGGAGCCCCAUGAGAAGCAUUUUCUAAUGGUGUUUUGAAAUUUGUCAUGCUCUGAUCAGCAUGAGAGACUAGAUCUGUAAUGCUGCUGAACUAGCUCAAACAGAACUACACUACGCGCCCAAAUUUGUCAUGCGAAACAGCCAAAGCUUGUGGAUUUGUCUAGCCGAUUCCCCAUCUUGACUAUGGGGUGGGUACGUUUUUACAUAGGAUACCGCGGUCAAAGAAAUCAUUUUCGGCAGCACAGCGACUUCCGGAGAUGAAGACAACUCCGCCAGCGGUUCCUACACCUCCCUGCUCUACAGCAUGCCACAGAACGUGUCCACCAGCAUUCUCGCCGGAGAAAACCAACUGAGCCCCAACACGGCGACCUCCCGAGCCUUGCUCUGCGACGCGGAGCUGUCGCGGUGGACGUCGUUGCUGAAGAGAACGGACUACGGAGCAGGCGCGACGUCUUCCGCUUUGGCGCAGCACAAAACCAGCGUGCGCGCACAGAAGAUUCAGGCGAUGUGCUCCUGCGCCCCCAUGUCGGCGGACAACACGGCCCUGGUGCCCGUAAACACCCCCUGUCCAGAGGAGUGCGGGUUCGAGAUCCCGAGUGACGACUCCCCGUGCUACAAGAUCUGCGUGCGCCCGGACCAGUGCGGGGACUUCGACCGGCUUCGUUCCUUCGCGAACCCUAUCAAAUGUAAAAGUGUCUGGGUCCUCUGGAAGAAUGCUGAUUUUUGUUAUGCUGUUUUUGCAUGACACAAGAUGUCUGUCAUGGAAGCCCUAGCAUCAGAGAUUUCGAGAAGCUUCCGCAUUGCUUAAUCCGCAUGACAAAUCCCCCACUUUGGAGGUGACAGGAAGUGGGCACCUUUUGCUGCCUAUGCAUGAGAGAUUUCUCUGCGUUGUGAAAUGCGCAUCACAAGUUCGCAUCCUUCCAGACCCAGACAUUUUUACAAUCCAUAAACCCACAGAGCCGCAAGUGCGAGGUGCCGUGUGGGCGCGCGGUGAUUCCGGGGUUAUGCACUGCAAAUAUCGAUAUCCCUGGAUGUCUGGAAACCUGUGAUGCUGAAUUGAGCAUGAUUGAAGCGCUUGCAAUGGCAGCCAAGCAUGACAAGUUUUUGAGACGCCUGCUGAUGCCUAGCACGCAUUACAAAUUUCGUUUUCGCAUGACAAAGAAAGCUUCUCCUUUGCUGGUGCUCGUGCAACUACACAGAUUUUCCAGGAAUGCGAGACACGCAUCACAAGUUCCACUUUUCCAGACCCAGAGAUUUUUGCAUUUGAUAGGGCUGCGUGGAAUGCGACGUCACCAGCACGCGGAAAUGGACGAUUCUCGGCGAAAACAGCACGUCCGGCGCGACGAGCGUAGCGGGGCAAACACCUCCGCAGGACGAGCCGUUUUACCUGCACAAGUGUCACCGCUGCGAUAUCCAGAGUAAAAAUGUCCCCACCCCAUAGUCAAAUUGGUAAAUCUGCAACACAGAUCUCCCAGCUUUGGGAGGUAUGCAUGACAAGUUAUCAUCUGUAGUGUAGUGCUGUUUAGCAAGGACAACCGCAACAUCACAAAGACGUCUGCUCAUCCUGUUUAGAGCAUUACAAAUCCCAGAACACCACGACUGCAAAUUGCUCUCUUGCAGAUGUGCAUUACAGAUUUUUCUGUAGAUGCAAAUCAGCAUGACAGCUAUGGGGUGGGGACGUUUUUAAAUAGAAUAUGCGACACGGGCAUGGCGUUGUCGGGGAACGGGUCCGUGUGCGAGAACCGGCUGAUUUAUGGCGUUCUCAGUCGGUACAUUCUCAACAAGAAACUGUUACAUGAAUUUGUGAUGCAAGAAUCGGAAAAGUGAAAGGGUUGACGUUGACCUUGAUGCGCGUCUUGCAUUACAGAUUUGGCACAGAUUAUGCUGCUACAUGACUUGUCGAGAACUUGUCAUGCGAAGAAGCUUCAUCGUGAGAAGCGUGAUAUAGUGACUCUGCAUGCCAAAUUCAUGUAAUAUAUAAGUUGAGAAUGUAACGCUUGAGAGUCCCAUCUGAUUCACAAGAUUGUGCUGAUCGAGUACGUUUUCAUCCUCGUGAUCGUGACCGUUUCCGCCCUGUACCUGCUGCUUCUCUUUUUGCGCAAAACGGUGAACAGCGUGGAGAACACGUGGGCGGCCUACGUCUACAAGCAGUGCUGCCGGCCACAGAAGGUGCUGGGCAACUGGGGCCGGCUGCGGUCCGACGUUCUUGUCGCCGGGUCUAGAACUUCUGGAAGUCCAGCUCGAGGGGGUAGAAGUCCAUCACCUCCUUCUGGAAGCAGGAACAACAAGAACCUAUCGCCCCUGGUAGCUGCGAAAUCAAGUGACAAAGCCAAGAAAACGCAUGAAGAUGACAAACAACUAGACGGUGGAACUGAGAAGUCGACGACGUCCCCUCCUGGUUCUCCUGCCGAAAAGAAAAUAAAAGCAGUAACCGCAGCCAGCACAUCAACAAAUGAUCACGACGAUGAGGACGACUUUCCAGAGCGACACAGCGCUUUUUUCCCGGUAUUGUGGCGCGUGUUCCCCUCGCCGACCGACGUGGUAUCAAAUGCAAAAAUGUCUGGGUCUGGAAGAGUGCAUGUUUGUCAUGCUUGUCUGGCAUAACUCUCAAAUCUGUCAUGCACGUUGCCCAGGAGCGCCAUUUUUCUGUCAUGCAAACAUGCAGUUUGUCAUGCAGAAUAGGCAACACCUAGAAGCUCAGAAACUUGUCAUGCUGAGCCAGCACUUGUGGCCUCCUCACAAUACGCCACCCAGCAUCACAAGUUUCCAGACCCACACACUUUUGCACUUGAUACGUGGGGCCGGGGCACUACUUCUUUUUCGCGUUCCACCGAAUGGUGCUGGUGGUGGCGCUAUGAAAUGCAAAAGCAUCGACGUACUAGCAUGAAUUGCAUUGCAAAUUUUCUCAGCAUGACAAAUGCAAUUUGUCAUGCUGAUUUGCCUUGGGAACGAGAUUUGUAAUGCAUGACUGCAAUUACUACGAGUGCGAUACUUUUGCACAGGAUAAGCGCUCGCCCUGGCCCUGCAGGUCUGCGGCACCCGCGUGUAUUUCUACGGCACGGCGAGCCUCUACAGUGACCAAAUGCAGAGCUUCGUCCUCUUCCGGGGGUCGAGUCACGCGGAAGGGGACUUUGUCACGAAGGAUACUGGUACUGGUACGAGCGACAAGAACACAACAACAGGAACAAGCUCUGCGAACACGACAUCUUCUUCGACCUCCGGAAGCACUUCUGUAGUGCCCUCUGCUGCGAUGUCCGGCGCUGCUACCGGCGGGGUGUUGACGCCCGCACGACCGGGUUUGCUGCAACUGGAGCUGAAGUGCGGAAAAAUUUACGAGGAGGACGGCAUUCGAGACGACGAGCUGCUGUUUCACAACACGCAGAGCGCGUACUUCUCAUCCUGGGCCGCCGCCGCGGGGGCGUCGAAAAGUGCUACGUCAAGCUCCUUCCUGGAGAUAAACAAGAAAAGCGUGGCAACAAGAAAUUCUGGUACAACAGAAGUAGAGAGUAGAGAUCACGACAGCACGAUACCAGGCGGUGGAACAAAGAGUAGACUUUUGAGAACGUCGACUGCAAGUAGGAGCUCUGCUUCUACGCCAGAAGAAAGACUGAUUUUCGAUGACCAGGCGGGCAGGGGCCGCGACCGUGUAGUUGACCAACAAGAUCACCUCCUCCGAACCGCCGCCGCGGAUCCGGUAGGCUUUUUGAGGCAGCAAUUUACGUCUUUCUUCCAGAUGAGCAUGUCGAGUGUCGAGCAGGAGAAGGGUCGACGGGAACGUCGUGGUGGACGUCGCAACCGCAGCUCCGGAUCUUCUUCCUCACGGAAGAACACCUCCGUGUUAAGCGAAGAUGCAACAACUUUGGAGGAAGCCGAAGCGUAUGCAAUGCAAAAGUAUAAUCGUACUAGUAUAAAUCGCAUGACAAAUUUGCUUAGCAUGAGAAGGAAAAUUUGUAAAUGCUGAUUCGCCUUAAGAGAGAGAGAUUUGUAAUGCAUUAUUGCAAUUACUACGAGUACGAUGCUUUUGCACAGGAUAAAGCGAGCGCCGAUCGGAUGUUCGAGGCGGAGCAGAGUAAGCAGUAUCAAGCGCAAAAGUGUCUGGGUCUGGAAGAUUCUGAGACUUGUCAUGCAAGUUUUGCGUGAGCCAUGAUGUCUGUGAUGCAUGCCCAAGCAUCAGAGAUUUUUUGUGAUCUUCUGGAUGCUUAUUCCGCAUGACAAAUGCCCUCUUCCCGUAGCAAAAAUUGCACUCCCUUUGCUGCUCAUGCAAUGCAGAUUUUUUUGGAGUCCAAAUGCAGCAUCACAAGUUGCAUCCUUCCAGACCCAGACACUUUUGCACUUGAUAAGCAGUGGAAGCAGACGAAGGUCGAACAGGUAAUGGCUGGCGGGCUGCUCGGGGUGUAUUUUGGCGCCAUGCUCCUCACCUUCUGGUACUACCUGUCCUGCCUCCGGAUCGGGCACGCCUGCGACAGCCUGCUGCCCAGUCCGCGGCAGUUCUGCCUGGUAGCCAGCAACUUUCCGCAGGGUACCGACGCGCUGGCGGUGCAGAAGUGGCUGCUGCAGUGGAACCCAAACCUGCAGAUCAUCGGGUGCAGUCUCCGGUACACCCUGCCACAGUCGUUUCAGAACCACCAAAACCGCGCAGUGUUGAAAAUGUUGGAGGAGCACACACACAACCUGGACGAUAUGGCAUUCUCGGAAGUUACAUUCUUAACUGUUACAAGCAUGACUUGUCAUUGCAAAAUUGCCAUUGAGCUACUAGUACCUGUAUCAGACGAUCAAGCUACUUUGCAUGACAAACUCUCGAAACAGGGCUAAACAUCAGGACCAGUGUCGGGGCCAAAUUUGUGAUGCGACUGCCGCAAGCUGGCGCCUUUCACUGAGUUGCUGUUCUUGCAUCGCAAAUUCGUGCUGGAACAGUUGAGAACAUAACGCUUGAAAAGUCCAUAGACGAGAAGCGGAAACUGCAGUAUCUGAACACCGACGGCCUCGCGUUGUCCGGCCUCUCUAGUCGCGCGACGGGCCGCAAUCGCGACAGCUUUCUCGACAAGAGUCUCCGGAAGCUGCCCCCCCUGAAGCCGAUCGACUGCCUUCUGGGCUACGGUCCGAACUCGAACAAGCUGGUGCCGAUAUCCUGAGUAAAAACAUCCCCACACCAGAGUCAAGAUGGGAAAUCUGCUACUUAGACAAAUCGACCAGCUUUCGCUAAUUCGCAUGACAAGUUUGCCCUCAUAGUGUGAUCCUGUUUCGCUAGUUCAGUAGCGUCACAGAUCUAGCAUAUCGUGUCGAUUCUAGCAUCACAAACUCCAAAACACGAGUAGAGUAUGCUUCUCAUGGGGCUUCGCAUGAGAAACUUUUUUGGCGUGCUGAUUUGCAUGACAACUAUGGUGUGGGGACGUUUUUACACAGGAUAUCCGAUCUUCGACAAGUUGAGCACUCGCGACGAGCAGUACGUGUUUAAAAUGUUGCUGAAGGCGCGGAUGUAUCCUGUGCAAAAGUAUCGUACUCGUAUUGCAAUCAUGCAUUACAAAUUUUUUUCUCAACGUAAAUCAGCAUUACAAAUUUUGUUUCUCAUGCUGAGAGAAUUUGUCAUGCAUUUAUGCGAGUACGAUACUGUUGCAGUUCAUAGGAUGCACGGCACCUGCUACAUUACCUUCGGCACUCGGGACAUGCGGGACCUGGUGCUGGCAAACAACAACCACGAGAAGACCAAACCGCCGAAGUUCCUGAACAAAUACGAAAUCUCGCUGGAAGUAUGUUGACGGUGCACAACUCCUACUCCUGCCUCCUGCCUCCUCCCUCCUCCUCCUGACUCAUUUGUAUAGCAUGAACGGCAAUGCAAGCUUCAGCAGGAGUGCCGGUUUUGCAUAACAAAUUUGCACCGCCGUAUAGUGCUGUUUGGGCUCCUUCCAGGAUUUAUCAUGCAAACAGUGCUGCUACAAGGCACCAGCUGGAUUUGGGAUUUUGCAUUACAAAUGAGGGGGAGGGGGAGCAGUUGUGCACUGUCAUAGGAACCCGCAAUGACGGACCCGGAAAUGAUUAACUGGGACAUUGAAUUCAAGGUGACAAGAUAUGACCUGCGCAGGCGUUUCAAUCUCAACUGUUACGAAUAGAUGAGUCUGGAUUUUGUAUUGCAUGAUGAGCAUGACAGACUCGCAGAGCGUUCCAGUUUCUGCAAUACAAAUUUCGCCAGAUGAUGAUAAUUUUAGCACGGUUUGGGACUGCGACUGCUCCGGAGCUUGUCAUGCGCAAUCCUGUUGUGCGAGUGGGCUAGAUCGUGCACUUCUCGCAUCACAGAUGUUCCAUGUUCUGUGCUAACGCUGUAUGAAAUCGAGCUUGUGACAACUGAGCAGGUUAUACCAGACUCGUGUUUGCCUUCAUCUCCCUGUUGCUGCUGACCAUCACGUACAUGAUCAUCUCGCUCCCGAACCUGUACUUGAAUCUGGUAUACGCACUAUCCUGAGUAAAAACGUCCCCACCCCAUAGUCAAGAUGGCGACAUCUCGCAAUACAAAUCGAGAAGUUUUGGGAUUCAAGCAUGACAAGUUCCUCUCUGUAGUGUAGUGUAGGUUAGGAAGUACAGCCGCAACACAAAUCCAUCUAGUCAUCCUGUUUACAGCAUUACAAAGUCCAAAACAAGAUGGGAAAUGCCUCUCAUGGGGAUGCGCAUUACAAAUCUUCCUGUAACUGCAAAUCUGCAUAACAACAACUCUUGGGUGGGGACGUUUUUACUCAGAAUACGCACGCACCCCCGGGAUCGAGAUGCCCAUGCUAACCGACUGGAUCGCCGGGCUCGUGCCCGCCGUGGGGGCCAUGCAGCUGAUCCGGGUGGGCGGGAACAUCUUCGAUUAUUGAGAGGAAAAACGUCCCCACACCAGAGCCAAGACGGGGAUCUCGCGACACAAAUCCAGAAGCUUUGGGAGUCGCGCAUGACAAGUUCCUUUCUGCAUUGUAGUGCAGUCUAGCAAGUUCAACCGCAUCACAAACCCAUCUACCUAUUCUGUUUACGGCAUCAUAAAUUCCAAAACACGAUUGGAAAUGCCUCUCAUGGGGGUGCGCAUUACAAAUCUUCCUGCAAUUGCAAAUCUGCAUGAUAAGAACUCUGGGGUGGGGAUGUUUUUACUCAGGAUAUCGACUCCGUCGGAUUCACGUCCGGAGAAACGCGAAACCUGGUCUUUUUCGUCGUCACCUAUUUUGCCGUGAUUGCCAUGCUCAUGUUCGAUUUCCUCUGCAUGUGGAUCGCGAGCCAGGGAAAGAUCGAAGACAUGGUUUACGAAACCCAGAGUGCGGCCUACGAAAACGAUGGCUACAGUGUCGUCGCCACCAACUCCGCCGGCACCCCGCGGACGGAGAGUCAGCAGGUGGACGCACUGCUAGCGAUGGAAGUGUGGGAGCUGCUGUUUCCGUUCUCGUAUGAACUGCAAAAGCAUCGUACUAGUAGUAAUUGCAUUUAUAAAGAACCUCAGCAUGACUACAAAUGGACUUUGUCAUGCCGUUUUGCCUUGGGAUGGAGAUUUGUAAAUGCAGAAUUGCAAUUGCUACGAUUGCGAUGCUUUUGCACAGGAUAUUUCGGUUUCCGUCCUGCUCUUCGACCUGCUGUUUGACAUUCUCCUACCCAACUACAUCGCCAAACACGUGAUCCGCAGCCUAUCAAAUGCAAAAGUGUCUGGGUCUAGAAGAAUGCAUGUUUGUCAUGCUUGUCUGGCAUGACUCUUAAGUCUGUAAUGCACGUUACCCAAGAGCUCCGUUUUUCCGUCAUGCAGAAACGCAGUUUGUCAUGCAGAAUAGGCAACAUCCGGGAGCUCAGAAACUUGUCAUGCUGCGCCAGCAUUUGUGGCCUCAUCAUGAGACGCCACCCAGCAUCACAAGUUUCCAGAUGCAGACAUUUUUACAUUUGAUACAGCCGUAGCUUCAGCAAAAUGUCGGCGGAGAGGCUCAUCAUGCCCGCCCGGUUCGACUACCCGUCCAAGUACGUCACGCUCCUGGUCACGGUGUUUGCCUUCGUCAUCUGGCUCCGUCUAUCCUGUGCAAAAAUUGUUCGGAGAUAUUUUUUUGUGCAUAAGGAUAAAAAAAAUUUGUGCAGCUGCAAUGCGCUAGCGCUAGGUCAGUAGAACUAUCACCGUGCAUCUUUCGCACAGGAUACCAACUUGACGUGGAUUACGUGUGUUUUUUGUCGGUCUUUCUGGUGCUUGUCCUGGUUCUCCACUACUACCUCUGCCUGUUGGCCACGAACCGGCUGUACGCAAAGACUCUAUCAACUGUAAAAGUAUCGCAUUCGUACUAAUAUUGCAGUUAUGCAUGAGGAAUUUUUCUCGUGAGCUGAAUCAGCACGACAAAUUCCAUGUGUAAUGCUGAGCAAGAUGUAUUGCAAUUUCAACUAGUACGAUAGUAGGUACUCCUUUUGCAGUUCAUAGACUUCGAUCACCAGCAAUUCUUCGUGCAAAAUCGCCUUCCUGCUUUGGGGAUUCUGCCUCUUCCAGAUUCUCUAUCCUGUGCAAAAGUAUAGUACUCGUAUUGCAAUCGUGCAUUACAAAUCUUUUUCUUAAGGUAAAUUCGCAUUACAAAGUGUAUUUCUCAUGCUGAGGAAAUUUGUAAUGCAUUUAUACGAAUGCGAUGCAAUACUUUUUCAGUUCAUAUCCUCUACGUGGCGGCGAUUUUUGGGGACCGGGUCGGCUACCUGGAUCUGCAGGAGGUGAAGUUCCUGCUUGUCUUGGUGCACUUUGGGCUCUACUUUCUCACCCUGUACAACAUGGAGAUAUGGAACGAGCCGAAAGACGAAUCAGGCGGCAGUAUCCAGGCGACAGAGCCGCUCCUGUACGAGGAAAUGCUGCAGCGGCGGGCGCUGCACGGCGAGUCGGCCACGUACUUCAACUGCAACCACGUCAGCUGCCUGCGGUCAAAGUAUCUACGGGACAAUUGCGACGACAAAAACGGUCUCUACAAGAUCUACGAAAUCGAGAGCAGCGCGAAACUGACCAAAUACGAGAAAAAGGAGGAGGCCAAGCGACACCUUGACUAUCUCUGGUACAGCCGACGGGAAGCGGGAAUGGGGUACGGAAUGGGGAGCGCAACGACCGGGAUGAAAAAUCACGCGUGCGUUCAUGGGGCGUUUGGUGUGAUCACGCCCUACGUUCCCGGAUACGAUCACUUGCAGCCGCACAUGCCCAGCAAGUACGUGUCCGCGCCGGUGCCAGAGCUGUUUCGGUGACCGCGACAGGGACGAGAAGUAGGAGGUCAACAUAUAUCUGUUUGAAGGAAUUAUAAGGCAGGUUUUUUUUCAAGCAGUCGUCGUGACACAGGGGAAGGAAGCUUUGCGUAUUCACAGUUUCAGUUUCUAGCUUUUGGUUUCUCAGAAAAGGUGGGUUACUUCUGCAUGCUCUUUCCACGGGAGCAGAUUUUCAUUUUGCAGAGCUGCUCCUAGCCAAGAAGCUCGUUUGCAACUCUUUGUUUCCAAGAAGAAGAAAAGGAAGGUGAGGAUUUAUCUGCCGGAAAAUGACCCGGGUUUUGAAAAAAGACAAGCUGCCCGCAGGCGGGUCUAUCUUGGGAUGGUAAAAAAGCAGAAAAGAAAUAUACCAAUCCAUCGAAAACUAGGAGGAAAGCGAAAGGCGAAUGCGUCUUAUUCUUGACAGACACACAGCAUUUUCUCGUUGGAUCUUGUUCUUCCGGGUCUGCUAGGUUUUCGUACGAAGUAGCGUUCUUUAUCGUUUUGACUAGUACUCCCAGAAUAGGCUGUCGUUAUUUUUUGCUGCUGAUUCCGUUCCGAGGACAACGACAAGAGGACGUAGCUUCUCUUUUGCGAAACGGCCAGCCGGCCGUCCAAGUCGGUUCAACAAAAGACGAAUCGAUCCGAGAAAUUGAAAUGAUGGCGUUCGAAAUUUUAAAAAAGCUGUUGAUUUCGGCCGUGCUUCUCGCGUCGUCCUCAGUGCGAGGGAUAGUGCCCCCCCCCCAGUGAGACCGAGUUUUCCGACGAGGCGGCUGCUUCCGCGAAUGGAGAGGCGAAAAAGCCCGAGGAUGAUGCCCAGCAGGUCGUGAUCGGGAGUGAUGGCGCCGCGGGCGGGCUGCUGGAAAAGGAAAAACCACUGGGCCUCGCUACUGUAGCUGCUGCUGCUGCUGUCGGAGGCGCUGUUGCUUCUGCCGGCCAAAAGGUCAAUUGCCUGUGCGGUAGUGAGUGGAAGGAGUUUAGUAUGACUCGAGCGGGCAGCUGUGAAGAAAAGGCCCACGGUUUUUGUGUUGACAAGCUGUCGAAAAACGAGUGCCCCGGGUACCCUAUUGCGUCAGGCGGCAGCGGAGCUUGGAGCUGCCCGGGCUCGUCGUCGGUGGUUCACUACGUGGAGCUCGGCGCCUGAUGGCUUCGUCGGAAAUCACGAAGUGGAAUGCAAAAAAACAAACAAAGCGACGGACAACGCGAAACCCAGUGCAGGGGUAAGCAGCCCGAGCUCGCAUGUUGCGGGCCUUUUCGGUAGCAAUUCGGCAGCUUUUGCAUCGUCGCCCAACUUUUCCUCAUCCAGAAACAGGAGCGCACCUGGAUCGUAAGUUCUCAGGGAGAGUCAGGCGACCUUUGGUUUCUGAUCACGAUGAGCAGUGGUGGAGGGAAGGCACUGACGUCUGGCUUUACCUCCAUUUACUUCCCAUAUCGCCACUUCUUCUAAAAACUUUCCGAGCUGUUCGAUGAAGUCGAUGAAGAAGAACUUUUUUUCCGCUCAAAUCAUAUCAUGAAAAUGAGUUGUUCUGCAUGGAGCG